AUGAUUGAAAAAGAUAGGGUAGUUGAGACACCAGUGGCAAAGCAGCCACAGCCCAUGGUUGCAAAUCCACCACCUUCAUUCCCUCAUAGUUUGGCAAGACAGAAAGAAGAGGCUACUUACAAGAAGUUUCUUGAUUUGCUUAAGCAUGUACACGUGAACAUCCCGUUGGUUGAUAUACUGCAGGGUAUUCCAAAGUUGCCCACUAAAUUGAACGAUCCCGAAAGUUUCACGAUUGAGAUUUCUAUUGGGAAGCGGGUUGUUGUGAAGGAUCCCAAAAGUUUCACGAUUGAGAUUUCUAUUGGGAAGCAGAUUGUUGCUCGAGCACUAUGUGAUCUAGGUGCAAGUAUAAAUUUGAUGCCUUCAUCUAUCUUCAGGAAGCUAGGUUUGGGAAUGCCCAGACCAACCACUAUGGUUCUUCAGUUGGCAGACAGAUCAUUAGCAAAACCCGAAGGCAUUAUUAAAGAUGUAUUGGUGCAAGUAGGGUCGUUGAUAAUUCCUGUAGACUUCGUGAUUUUAGACUUCGAGCCAGAUCCGAAAGUCCCAUUUAUUUUAGGGCAUCCAUUCUUGGCCACAGGGAGAUCACUUAUUGAUGUAGCUGCUGGGCAGCUCACCAUGAGAGUGCAUGAUAAAGUUGAAAUCUUCAAUGUAUACAAGGCUCUAAAGAUGCCUGCAAUCUAUGAGGGCGUCGGCCAUUCUUACGAAUGA